GAGAUUCUCUGGGAAGUGCGCGAGGCGAUAGGCUUGGCGCGAGCUGCCCACUGGCAAGUCGUUCCAGGCCCCGGAACUGUGGAAGACGGCGAGCGGCCGAGUUGGCAGCGAUCCCUGUGGGAGGACCCGGAAGAAGAGACUGCAUGCGCAGCAGAACUACCGGGCGGCCUCGCCGUGGACUCUGAGCCUGCGGAGGCACCGAGGGUGGUUCGGAGCACGCGAAGGAUCCGCGCGGAAGGAAGUGCCGAGGCCACAGCGGCGCGUCCAGCGAGUGAUUCGCUGGCAGAGUAUCCGAUCGCGGAAGGAGCGAGGACGGAGAAGGGACAGAAGAAACGCAGAAACACAGCAGACGAAUACGAGCUCGCGCUCGCAGAGAGCUGUGUGGUGGUCGUUCGCUACGAGAACCCGCAGUUCCUUUUCGGGAAAGGAAAGGAAUCGUCUCGUCGAAUCCCGUCUCCAGGCGAGCGUGAGUCGUCUUCGGCGCCGUCGGCUUCGCCGCUCUUCGGCCAGUAUGGCUACUACAGCAAAAACAGAUCCGUCGCAGGGAGACUGAUGAUGAGUUGCAGCAACGAUAAGACGAGUGCGGGCUUGCGCCCGACUCAGCUCGAGUAUCUCCAACAGGCCUUCGAGGCUUCGCUUGCUGGGGCUGCCGCCACGUUUGAAGAGCGACGAAGAAGCGAGCGGGCUGAAGGCCCUGUGGCUUCAUCUUACGCACGUGACCACACCUGGGUGUCGACUCUCGCGGGUACAGACACGGAAAGCAGUGAAGAAGACGAAGAACAGGAUGAAAACGCAGAAUGGGAUGAAGAAGAAGACGCAGAAACCGGAUCAGGAGAGGACGAUGACGCGGAAGACCUCGAAGCAGAAAACGAACGCAUUUUUGCGUGGCUCAGACGGAAAGAAAAGGUCCAAGUUGUUGAUCGGCAGCGGGUGAUUCUGGAAAUCUUCACCACACAGGCACGGAAUAAAAAGGCCAUGCUUCAGGUAGCUCUCGCCAGAGUCGCCUACCUCCGCUCGCGUCUCCUGUCGGGCUCCGAGGUUCGCCGGCGGCAGCUGUUCGAGUUGGUCUACGGCGCCUCUAAGGUUCGGGGCUGUGCACCCGGAACGCAGGUCGCGCAGUGGCUAGGCGAAGUGACGGAGCAGUACAUUCCUUCCCCGCGGGGCCCGAAGGAGGACUUUGAGCGGCAGUACGUCGACUCCCUCAUGAAGCGUCUGCGUGGACAGGUCGCCCGGGAAGCGGCGACUCUGGCGCACCAACGCCGCAGUCGAUCGGGCCUGCCUUGUCUCGCACUCGUGGGGUACACGAACGCAGGCAAAUCGAGGUUGAUCAACGCGCUCACGAAGAAAGGCCAACUGCGAAGUGAGGACCGCCUUUUUUGCACUUUGGACACAAAGAUGAACCACCUGCGCCUGCCGAACGGGUCCAAAUGCGUCCUCAUGGAUUCCAUCGGCUUCAUCCAGGGCCUUCCCCUGUCCCUCUGUGGGGCGUUCCAGGCGACUCUCGACGAGCUCCACCACGCGGACAUUCUUCUGCAUGUCGUCGACGUGAGUCACCCGAUGUGGCAGCAUCAGCGGCGAGUGGUCCUCCAGGCUCUCUACCAGAAUGCAAAGACGAUGGCGGCGAAAAGGGGAUCAGGCGAAGACGAGGCCCAGAGGCGUGAGCUGCUCCGGCUGCAACUGCAGGCUCCGCUGCCUGCUUUCUCGCGCUGUUUUCUGGAGGCGACCGGAGACAGGAACCUGGAGGGGCGAGAUGGAGGCGCAGAAACAGCGGGCGCAGCUGCGGGCCAAAAAAGUCACGACACGAGCCUUCUUCACGCAGUCGACGCAGAACAGGCCUUUGAAGAAACGAAACUCGUGGAACGCGUCAUGGGAGGCAACACACGCAUCAUCGAAGUCUGGACCAAGAUCGACCUCGUGGAAAGCGACGCGCGAAUGGCCGCCAUUGCGCGUCUUGCCCCUCUCAACGCCGUUCUGGUCAGCGCCAAAGACGGCACGGGUCUGAGCCUUUUGACGCAGAUGCUCCAAGACGGCAUUGCAGAAACCCGCCGAGGCAGGCGCGUUCGGCUCGCCAAGGUGGAAUUCCCCGUGGAGCAUGCACAAGGCGUUUUUUCCUUCAUCACGCAAAACUGUCAGUUCAAAGCGAUAGCAGCAGCGAGACUCGGAAAGAUUCACCAGCAGCCGGGAGGGACACCAAAAAAGGAACGAGGCGUUGAGGCUUCGGUGGCACUGCGCGCUUGCAAAAAGACGCAUGGGCCUUGA